GGAGAGCGGUAUAAGUUUUCUGAGGAUACUACCAACAGAGGUGUGAAGAUGAAGCUGAAACCUUUGCUCAGAAAAGUUGGCACGUUAGUGCGUGCAAUACUGACCUUCCUUUUCGCCUUGGUGGUACUAGGGGUGAUGAUAUGGGCUUACGUCGUAGGGUUCCCCCUUGCCACGUCCCCUUACGACAUCAUCUCUUUCGGCUUCUACGGCUUGCUUCUCAGCAUCCACGUGCUGAUCCAGAGUAUGUUUGCCUUCAUCGAGCACCGGCGGAUGGCUAACAGACGAAAGCCCUGCUCCUACCAAAAGACUGUGGGCUUCACCAUCUCGGCCUACCAGGAGGACCCAGAGUACCUGCGCGAGUGCCUGAACUCAGUGCGAGCGCUUGCGUACCCAUCGCACCUGAUGCGAAUCAUCAUGGUGGUGGACGGCAACUCCGAGGACGACCUCUACAUGAUGGAGAUGUUCAAAGAGGUCUUCGCCGACCGGGACCCCGGGUGCUACGUGUGGCAGAACAACUACCACACGUGGAUCCCCACACGGGGGGGCAGCAGCGCCACCAGCCUGGAGCCGGACACUGACGAUGGUCUCUGGGAGGAGGACCCCCAGCGGAGCGAGGUGGAGGAGCUCAUCAAGACCAAGAGCUGUGUCUGCAUCAUGCAGAAGUGGGGAGGCAAGCGGGAGGUGAUGUACACCGCAUUCAAGGCACUGGGGCCAGCCGUGGACUACAUACAGGUGUGUGACUCUGACACAAAGCUGGACGCGUUGGCCACCUGUGAGCUUGUGAAGGUGCUGGAGAGCAACGAGAAGUACGGGGCUGUUGGGGGAGACGUGAUGAUCCUCAACGAGAAGGACUCGUACGUCAGCUUCAUGAGCGGCCUGAGAUACUGGAUGGCGUUCAAUAUCGAGCGCUCCUGCCAGUCCUUCUUUGACUGUGUGUCUUGCAUCAGUGGCCCCCUUGGUCUUUACCGUAACGACCUCUUGCAGCAGUUCUUGGAGACGUGGUACAACCAGAUGUUUCUUGGGACUCACUGCACUUUUGGGGAUGAUCGUCACCUCACAAACCGCAUGCUGAGCAUGGGCUAUUCCACAAAGUACACAGCUCGAUCAAAGUGUUACACAGAGACACCAGCACAGUUCUUACGGUGGUUAAACCAGCAGACCCGCUGGACAAAGUCCUACUUCCGGGAGUGGUUGUUCAACGCCAUGUGGUGGCACAAGCAUCACCUCUGGAUGACCUAUGAGUCCAUCGUAGCCGGAAUCUUCCCCUUCUUCGUCACAGCCACCAUGAUCAAGCUCUUCUGGACGGGCUCCUUGUGGGACAUCAUCUGGGUCCUUUGCUGCAUUCAGCUCAUCGGCCUGGUCAAAGCAGCCUACGCCUGUCUAUUGCGCCGGAGCUUUCUGAUGGUAUUCAUGUCACUGUACUCUGCUCUUUACAUGACCAGUCUCCUUCCUGCUAAAUACUUUGCCAUCAUCACAAUGAACAAAAGCAGCUGGGGUACAUCAGGGCGUCGCAAGAUUGUAGGUAACUACAUGCCCCUUCUACCUCUGUCUGUGUGGGGGGCCAUUUUGUUGGGAGGACUGGGCUACACCAUCUACCGAGAAACGCAGCAGGACUGGAGGACAGAGAAGAAACAAGAGGAGUUGAAAUUUGCGGUGUUCGGAUCAAUAGCAUAUAUAUGCUACUGGACUGUGAUGAUUUGUCUAUACUGGCUCAUGUUCUUGAGAGUCUGUCGGAAACGAUCAAAGUCUUAUGCGCUAGAGGUGUAGGGAUGUAUAUGGAUGUGUCUGUUUGUAGUUUUAAAGAUUAUUUCAAGUUUAUUUAUUAUAUAUUAUAUUUGUUUUUUUAAAUGUUUU